AUGGGCAGUAGUAGCAGCAGUGCUAAUGAUUCGAGUAGCGCCAAUAUGGACGCUGCAUCUGGGAAGGGAAUCAUUAACUCGCCACCACCGGGUGAAUCACCCGAUGACAACUCUGAGACUACCGCAAAGUGCUCUAAUGCGAGUGAUCUCAACAGCUACCGUGAGUUCCGCGAUCAGUUACUUAGCUUUUCCCUCGGGGAAAGUGCCUAUGAUUACGCUGAAACGCUGUUUGCGAAGAACCCCUCCAGUCCUGAGGUGAUGGCGCUUCUUGCAGAAACUACCGUACUGUACGACAAAACUAAGAACAAGUACGCCAGGGAUCACUGGUGUGAUCGCCUCGAUCUGCUGCAGCGUGGGGUGGACGUCAGUCGCAAAUGUAUAAAUGAGAACCCGGAAUAUGGCCCGUGUUACCGAACCUACGUGUUGUCUGCUACACGUGAGGCAGAAGCCCUGUAUUACAUGAAAAGUUUGAUGGGCUUUGGGCUCUUAGAGAACUAUAACGCCAUUAUGCGUCGGGGGGAGAAGGGGAUGGAACUGCUUCCCACUGAUGCGGAUAUCCCUAACGCGCUUGGAGCUCUCAGUGCUCGUUGCGCUUAUGUCUGGUAUAACCCAACCCGCCUAUACGCACGUUGGUGCGGGGUUCCUGGCUGGAAGGAACUAUGGGCAAAGAGUGUGCAGCUGCACAAACGCGCAGUGGAAAAUGACCCUGCAAACCUUGAGUUUGCUUGCAGGCUUGCGCAGGCUUACUUUCACAGCGGAGACUAUCAAAACGCGCGGCGGUGGUAUGGAAAGGUACGAGAUGAAAUGCCACCACAAGACCUGAAAGAUGAGCGGUGGCAAGCGAUCGCACACACACACCUUUCCACAGCAUUCGUAAAGACCAGUUGGAAUGUUCCUUUCGCGUAG